AUGGCUCGUAAGAUUUAUGACCUUAUGACAGCAACACAAUUAGUACUUGCGCUACUUCUCGUGGCUUCUCUUCAAAAUUCCUGUGGGGCUGACCGGAAUCCGGCGACUGCGCCUAUUAUCAUCAAAAUACGUAAUGUAAUCCCUUCAUCGCUGAUAUCUGCUCGUUGCGUGAGUGAAUCGCAAGACUGGGGAACCAAAAUGCUUCCAACUCAUGAGAGAUAUGAGAUUACUUCUUACGAUGAAUUCACUUACAUUAAUUGUACUUUUGGUUGGGAAGGCAAGACCAUGAAUUUUAAUGUGUUGAAUCCAGUUGUGGAUAAGGUUUACAGGUACUGGAAUGUUCAUAAAGACGGGUUUUACGCUCUUUUGGUUCGUGACCGUCUAAAACUUUGGGUCAGGGUGCAUGAUUGGUGA